AGCGUGUUCACUGACGUAGUAUCCGUUAGAGUAGCCGCUCCUCAGACUCGAUCUGACACCUCCACCCUGAGAUAUACAGUACAUCGACACGUCGCAAAAUCCAAACGACACGCAUUUCCUACAGAGAAGAAAAGACCUCAACGAGCUACAAAAUUUAAACACUUGCAAAAUGGCCGAGGACCCCCGCGCGCUUCUGCAAAAGGCAGACAAAGCGCUAGCUAGCGCCUCGGGCGGCUUCAGUUUCUUUGGCGGCAAGGAGGAGAAGCUGCAGACAGCGGCCGACUACUACAUCCAGGCGGCGAAUGCGUUCAAGAUGCAAAAGUCUGAAAGGGAAGCCGGUCAGACCUUUGAGAAGGCGGCGCAGAUCCAAAACGGCAAGCUGAACGAGCCGGACGACGCGGCCAACACGUACGUCGAUGCCUUCAAAGCCUACCGCAAGUCGAGCCCCGAGGAUGCUGCCAGGUGUGUCGAGAUGGCGAUCGCACAGUACUGCAGGAAGGGCAACUUCAGGCGGGCGGCGACCUUCAAGGAGAACGUGGGUGAGAUGUUUGAGGUCGAGGUCGGAGAUCUCAAGAAGGCUAUGGAAGCGUAUGAGGCUGCCGCUGGAUGGUAUGAGGGUGACGGAGCUGCUGUCCUGUCAAACAAGCUCUGGCUCAAGGUGGCCGACAUCGCGGCGCUGGACGCCGACUACUACAAGGCGAUCGAGGCGUACGAAAAGGUGUCGCAGGCAUCCAUCAACAACAACCUGAUGAAGUACUCUGUCAAGGACUACUUCCUCAAGGGUGGGCUGUGCCACCUGGCCACCAAGGACAUGGUCUCGGCGCGCAGGGCGCUGGAAAAGUACACCGAGAUGGACCCGACCUUCCCUAGCACGCGGGAGUACAAGCUCCUGGCCGACAUUUGCGAGAGCGUCGAGGGCAACGACAGGGAGAAGUUCGAGGACGACCUGGUUGCGUUUGACCGCAUGACCAAGCUGGACAAGUGGAAGACCACGAUAUUGCUGCGGAUCAAGGAGCAGAUCGAGGAGGCGGAUAAUGAGUUUGCUUGAUUUGGUAGGGCGUGUUGACAUUAUUCUGUUGAUUUUAUUUUUAUUUUAUUUAGGGCCCCUUUAUCAAGCAAGUCACUUUUUUGGGACGACCCACCUAGUCCAGUAUAAACAUAGAUGGAAACCUCAGAGUAACCAA